GUGUUCCUAGUCAGAAAUCGUAAUCAGCCACUACAAGUCGAGCAGCCGUGGCAAAUUGCAUUCUUCUUCGUUAUCGCCGUCAGAGCAACAGGGUCAGCAGAAGCGGCGACGAACGGGUAUCCACACGAGGACAAAUAUUCAUAACAUCCAUGGCGCCAGUUUCUAGAACACGUAAUGCAUCGAAGCCAACGGUUUGUCAACCCAUACGCAAAAAUGUGAUGGUAGAGCUGAAUUUAAUGCAUAACAAAGCAUGUAUGUUGUGUGGACAUAAAGAAAUAAGUGAAAAAUUAUAUGGAUUAUUAUACCAAUUAGAUGAUGUUAUUAUUCAUCAUUAUUGUAUUCUAUUAUCAUCAAGAUCCCUUCAAAAUGGUGCAGACAAUGAAGGCAUUUAUGGAUUUUUAUUAAAAGAUAUUAGAGCUGAACUUUCUCGAGCAUCUAAGCAAAAUUGCUUUUAUUGCAAAAAAAAAGGCGCUUCCAUAUCAUGCUGUCGAGGAAAAUGUCGAAAAGUGUUUCAUCUACCUUGUGGCAUGAAAAACGGAUCAAUACAUCAAUACUUUCAGUCAUUUAAAUCGUUUUGCCAAAAGCAUUGUGUUACGCAAACUGUUAAUUUAUCUGCGUUAAAAAAGUCUACUGCUCAAUGUGCUAUUUGUAAAGAUGCUGUUGUACCGUCCCCUAUACCAACUUCUAUUUGGGCACCGUGUUGCAAAGGUGAUGCUUGGUUUCACCGAGAAUGUGUUAAAGAUUUGGCCUUAAAUACAGGCUACUAUUUUAAAUGCCCAUUAUGCAACGAUGUUGAAAAAUUCAAAUCCAGAAUGCUAACGCUUGGAAUAUACAUACCAUCAAGGGACCCCUCUUGGGAAACUAUACCCAAUGCUUUUGCCGAGCUCUCGGAAAGGCAAAGAAAAUGCAAUAUAGAAACAUGUCUAUGUCCACAUAACGAAGAGUAUCAACUCCCAUCCGGACCAUGGGAAAUUCUUUUGUGCAAUUCAUGUGGAUCAAAUGGAACACAUAGGUUGUGCAGUUUUCUUGAAGCUGAACAAGAGUGGUGCUGUGCAGUUUGCAAAAGAGUUACAGAUAAGGAUGCAGCAAAGAAGAAAAUUAAAUUAGAAUCGCUUGAUAAUUGUAGUGGAAGUUCGAGUAUGUCUGAAGGGCAAGUCUCGACUCACGACGGAGAAGUAUCUUAA